CAUUUGCGCACUAGGUAUGAAUCACUGAACUCAUUCCGCACCAUUCAAUCUAGAGCGUGACUCCACAUUGCAAUGUCUGUAUUUUGAUCAAAAUCGUUAUGAGCAAUAUCAACAUUUAAACAAAUGUUUGGCUCAUUGUUUGUAUGGAGGAUGUGACGUCCAAACGUACUUGCUGAGAAGCUAACCAGAUGAUCGGUACGUUUGAUAGGUGACCGGACACAAUGCAGAUGUUACUGGCCAGUGUAGUGACGGUCCUGGUAGGCUUGAUGCUACGAUCGGGAUCCGCCAUGGGCGAGAACACGACAGAAUCAUCCGAAUCACUAGCAGAAUCAGUACCAGAAUCAGAACCAGAAUCAGUACCAGAACCACCAGCAGAACCACUAGCAGAAUCAGUACCAGAACCACCAGCAGAAUCACAAACAGAAUCGCCACAAGAAUCCCCAGAGGAAUCACCAAGUACCGAGCUAGAAUGCGAUCCCGAGUACGAGAAUUGCUUAUGUAACAUCUCCAACUUCGAGGUGAAUACUUCUCACGUGGGACCCGAUAAACCUAAGAUGCUGACAGAGAUUAUCCCAUUUACUAUAUUUUCUACUUGGGCUCAGAACGCUAGCUUUGGUCUGAAGGUAUUUGCAGAGGAUCAGCUUAUCGAGUCGAAACUUGUUGCAUUUAAUAACUCUAGAAUUUGUGGGGAUGAGGUCCAACAUAGAUUCCAUGUCGUCAACUACGGUCCUCAAGAUUCCCCAAUUCAAGGCUACCCGCAGUUGAACAUUCAACUAUUCGUCCUCCCGUCGACGCUGUCGGAGAGCAACUUGGUGUGUAAGAACCACAAUAUGUGUGUGGAAACGGUCAUAGUGUACCACUAUUCGCCGCUGCCCAAGAAUCUGAAGUUCAUAUCUUACCCUAGAUAUCCCAAAGCUGGCAACUACAUGAAUCUGACGUGCACUACGCGAGAUGGAAACCCUCCUGUGUUGGCCUACAGCAUGCAUAUGUUUGAAUAUGAGACAGGGGCGGAGUUGUUUGGUAUACUGCUACCGAUUAUGCAUUUCGAAGAGGCCAAACCAGGCAAGUACCGCUGCUCUUCCAUCAAUUAUCCCUUUGGGAUGCGUCAGGUGGUCUUCUCAAGAAUCAUCACCGUCAAACCCUCUGCCAAGACGACCACCAGAAGCACCACGGUGAAGUCGACUAAGUCCACCGCGAGCACUACAAAAACUGUCAAAGCCGUGCCCACGCUGAAGCUGAAGUUGGGGGCUAUGAUGGACCAAGUCACGAACCAGGACAUGAAAAACAUGAAAACGGAUAUGAUGAUGAUGCCUAAGAAUGGGAUGAAAACAAUGAAACCAGAAAUGACGGUCGGACUCGAUGAUGGCAAAAUGGAACCAAUGGCAGGCAGGACACGAGAGCCAACAAUGGUAGUGAUGACUCCAGGUUCUAGUACUACGUCAACUCAUCAGAAAAUGUCAUUGACCUUGUUUUGGACUAUCCUGAUGCUUACGAUGUGUUUCAGGAAAUUUGCGCUCAACCAUUUUAUUAUAUCAGUGAAUUGAUUUAUUCAAAUUUAAAAUCUUCAGUUAAUAUGAUCCAGUUCAGAUCACAGAAAACAAAAAGAAAGAAAAAAAAAAGGAACGCUAUUGAAACACUGUUGUUAGUGGCUUGCCAGGUCCUCAAUCUUUCCACGUCAAGCUGUUGUUCAUGAACACAAAUGAAUAUAAUUUUGAUUGCCAAAUAGAAUGCUCUUUUACCUUGAGUUAAGUUUGUGUUUUAUCGAGGUCUUGUUUGGUUGUCCUCAAUAAAGAAAUUUGUUGUCGACAUA